AUGCUCGUCCCGCUCACAGCGACCGACGCGACCUGCGAGCUCACGCAGAACGUCCUGUGCCUCGCCUAUAGCCUCCCGCCCGGCUGGACCUCGGCGCAGAGCGACGCGCUCGUCGCUCGACUCGGCGAGGCGACACGCCAGGUCGCGCUCAAGUGGCCGCUCAUGAGGGGCCUCGCGAGCAAGAAGAAGGGCACGUGGACGAUCGACGUCCCCGACGACGCUGCAACUCGCCCGACGCACUACCGCUUCACGACCAAGUCGCUCGACCUCGACUACGUCGCCGCGUCGGGCUUCUCGUCGGCGUCGCCCGCGUUCAACGGCCGCGCCUCGGCUCCUCUCGAACGACCAAAGCGCACCCUGUUCCGCCCCAAGGGCGUCCCCAAGUCGCUCGCCGGCCACGCCAAGACCGACGACUACCCGUUCCUUCACGUUCACGCGACCAUCCUCGUCGACGCCAUCACGGUCGGCGUCAACCUUCCUCAUGGCGUCGUGGACGGAACCGGAAUGGGCCUCGUCCUCAAGGGCCUCACGGCCGAGCUGCACGGCAACGAGUGGGACGUGCCGCCACCGUUCGAGGGCGUCAACCCGUGGCAGCACGCGCUCGAUCGGCUCGUCGACGAGGACGCCGGCGAGAGCGGUCCGUGCACGCCGAGCGGCGACAGCGAGUUCAAGCUCGAACUGAGCGAGAAGGGCCUCGCCAGCUCGUCGACACCGUCCAAGGACGCUGCAGCACGCGCCGCACUGCCCGCCACCGGCAUGUGGCGCUCGUUCUCGACCUGGCCCGCCGCUCGCCUCCUCAGCAGCGUGUUCGUCGAGAACGUCUUUCGCCGCAGCCACCGAGGCUGGAUCCUCCUCAACCACGCGACGGUCGACGCGCUCGUGCGCAAGGUCAAGGCCGAGAUCAAGCUCGAGACGGGCGGCGCCGAGUUCGUCUCGAGCGGCGACGUCCUCUUUGCCUGGGCGCUCAAGGCGGCCCACUCUGCCGACAAGUCGUCCUCGGCCGUCUGCGCCGGCGCCGUCUGGCGCACGACGGCCCUCCUCGGCGCCGAGGUCCCGCUCUACCCGCACAACGCUAUCGCUCCCUACUUCCUCAUCUCGCCCCUGCCCCUCUCGACGCUCGCGGCGCUCCCGCUGUCGACCCUCGCGCUGCACAUGCGCCGCAACCUCCUCGCGACCAAGACGCGCCCGGUCCUGCGCAACGCGUGGCGCGAGAUCCGCAAGGGCGCCCAGCUCCCGCACCGCGACUGGCCGCAACUGCCUGGGCCGGCGCUCUUCCGCCGCGCCGUGUCGGACGGCCCGGGCGCGACGAGCGACACGAAGGGCAAGUUUGCGACGUACUGGGGUACGUCGAACCAGAUGGGCCUCGGGCUCGCCGGGCUCAGGCUCCCGCGGGACGACGGUUCCGGGCUCGACCUCGACCUCAUCUCGUUCCAGAUGGACUGGGUCGAGCCGAUCAACGUCGACCACCUUCUCAUGCUCACCGACAACGCCAACGGCGUCCACGUCGCCGGCACCAUGCGCAAGUCGAGGUGGAAGGCGCUGCGGAGGGCGACCGAGGAGCUCGAGCGCGAGCUUGCGUCGAGCGAGAAGUAGCUCGUGCCGGUGACGAGGCAAGGGUCCGGGCGGGACGAGGUCGAGGAGGUUUCGGGUCUGCAGGUCGCUCUCUGUUCUGGUUGUCUCUCUUUCGUUCCUCUUUCUCUGCGUAGCUCUCGGGUUGUCUGUCAUUCCUGCCGUGCCAUAGAGCUUGCGCCUAC